ACCUUACAAAGUACUUCCGCUUAGUUUUGCCCUUUUACCUCAUGUCGUAAGCGGAAGUACACAUACGCAGGAAUUCAAUACACGGAGCUGGACAGUAACUUCUGCACAGUACAAGAUGGAUACGCUAAUACUGGAGCCCUCUCUCUACACUGUAAAAGCUGUUCUGAUCAUGGACAAUGACGGAGAGAGACUUUAUGCCAAGUAUUAUGAUGACACAUACCCCACAGUGAAAGAGCAGAAAGCCUUUGAGAAGAACAUCUUCAACAAGACACACAGGACAGACAGUGAAAUAGCAUUGCUGGAGGGUCUAACGGUUGUGUAUAAGAGCAAUAUUGAUUUGUAUUUCUAUGUAAUCGGCAGCUCCCAUGAAAAUGAGCUCAUGCUUAUGUCAGUGUUGAAUUGCCUCUUUGAUUCCUUGAGCCAAAUGUUGAGGAAAAAUGUGGAAAAGAGAGCCCUGCUUGAAAAUAUGGAGGGUCUUUUCCUGGCCGUUGAUGAGAUUGUUGAUGGAGGUGUGAUCCUGGAGAGUGACCCACAGCAGGUGGUUCACCGUGUUGCUUUGAGGGAAGCAAGCACGCCAGCAGUCCUAAAGUCAUCAGCAUCUCCCUCUCUCAUCUCGUUCCAGGGUGAUGACGUGCCUCUGACAGAACAGACAGUCACUCAGGUGCUACAGUCAGCUAAGGAACAGAUCAAAUGGUCUCUACUCCGAUAGGACACUUUUGGUCCCGUUCCUGAACUGAGAUGAGGGGAAUGAAUGAGACUCGACCACUUUUCAUCACUACUUUCCUAUCUGCCCUUUUCCUCAAGUGUUUUCUUGAUUGUUAAAGUGCACAUCCACUGAAAACGACUUCUAGUAUUUCUCUCUCUCAAAUAUAAGACCAAGAACAUGACUGUUUCAAAAGAAUAUUGUCUAGGCUGGACUUUCUUUUUAGGGAAAAGUACCGGGGCAUGUUUUUUUUUUUUUAUCCCAUUCCAGUAAGCGCUUGAAUAUAUGACUGGUUUUGUGAAUGAUAUCACUGUUGUACUGUGAGAUUUUCAUUACGAUUCAUGUACAUUCCAGUGGUUGAUCUUGUUCUCUGUUCUUCCCUCUGACCUGUGUUUUGAUUGAAGUAAAGAAACAGUUUAAUCGUA